CCCAAACACCUUUUCCAACCUCGUCCCGUCUCUUAUCAGCUCUAGAUUGGAGUCAUCCCCGCACUGGUAGCAGCCUAGAUACUACUAAACCACGACUACUUGUUGUACCUACCCACCUGGACUCUUAUAAGAUCCGCUCCUUUCCCACCUGCCGAAACACAGCCUUUUCCAACUUCCGACUCCGUCUACCUCCUUUUUCUUCUUACACCCUCUAAAGGACCGCACCGUGUUUUUCCUCUCAACGAUAUUCAAGUCACUUCGUCCUCUACACACCCCCAAAUUUUUUAUUAAUCGCUCGAUAUCGUCUCACCCACCGUCAAAAAUGACUCUCUACAACGUUACCCUCAGGAAGGAUGCUCCCCCUGAGGAACUGGAGAAAGCAAAGGAGCAGGCGAAGAAGGAAGGUGGCGAUAUCAAGCACGAGUUCUCCCUGAUCAAAGGUUUCACUGUUGAAUACCCGGCGGAUGCCGUUCGCGCUCUUGACACAAACCAGCAUGUCCAUGUUGAGCAGGAUGGUGAAAUGAAGACCCAGGUCUAAACCGCUAAGGGACACGGUGUAUUGGAGGGUUCUGCUUCAGAUACGUUCCUCUCGACUUGGCAGAGCCAUCAACCACUCCAUCCCUGGAAAUAUGACCCUGUAUGGACUAUGGCAGCCGACUGAUAUGUACGACUUAUGAAUAUUAUUUCUUACAAGCCAAACCCCGCACCGCCGAGUAUGUCCUGCAAAGCUUCGGAUACUCGGCUCGGGUACAUUGCUCAAUCUAGAGACAGUAGCAAUUCCAAAGGCUAUUUGCUAAGA